AUGUUAGUUUCCAAGGCCAGACGUUCAGUUUCUGCUUACGGAGACCGAGCUACUUCUGCACAUGGCAGCAACAAGGACGUUUCUGCCGUUCCAGAUUUGCUGGAAAUGGUGGAAUCGAGAAAUUAUAGCGGUGCUCUAGCACUUCUGCAAUUCAAACACCAGGCAGAUAUGUCAGACGUCAAGACUCUAGAGUGGUUAGGAUUUUGCUACUUUCACAAUGGCGAUUACAACAGGGCAUUAGAAACUUAUAAGAAGCUUGAGCCGCUGGAUGAAAUAUACUACAUAUAUCAGGCUGCUUGUUUAUAUUAUUUGGACUCUUACAGGGAGGCUGAGGAGUCAGCUCUGAAAGGUGCUACUUGUGGAAUUCGAAAUCGAUUACUUUUCCACGUUGCAUAUCGUUUAGACAACGACAUGAAACUUGUAGAGCAUCACAGCAAUAUAGGCAACAGUGAUGAAGACCAACUAAGCUUAGCUUCAAUGCAUUUUGCUCAGAUCCACUACGAAGAGGCAACAGAAAUCUACAAACAACUUUUGCUAGAAAAUAAGGAUUGGAUGGCCUUAAACGUGUAUUUGGCUCUUUGUUAUUAUAAUUUGGAUCAGUACGAUGUAAGCCUUGAUGUCUUGAGUGGAUACUUACAGUAUUACCCAGAAAGUGCCAUUGCAACCAAUCUGAAAGCUUGCAACACAUUUCAACUUUUUAAUGGAAAAGCAGCUGAGUUGGUCCUAACUACACCAGAGGAAACUGCCAAAAACUCCCUUGAGCAAGGACUUUUCAAACACAACCUUGUAGUUUUUCGAAACGGUGAAGGAGCCUUGCAGGUGCUUCCAUCAUUGCUCGAUGUUCUUCAUGAAGCUCGUUUGAACCUUGUGAUUUACUAUAUAAAAAUUGGUGACACGGAAUUAGCCUAUCAGACAGUGAAGAUGCACGAGCCGCAUAUGCCUCAAGAAUACGUUGUCAAAGCUGUCACAUGUGCUAGUCUUGGGCAAGAUACAGAUCAUGUAGAGCUUCUAAGCAUGGCACGACAGUAUUUUCAUCUUAUUGGCACGUCACCAACAGAAUGUGAUACUAUACUUGGAAGGCAGUGCAUGGCCUCUUAUUAUAUUUUGCAAAAGCAGUUUAAAGAUGCUCUAAUAUAUUUGCAGUCAAUAAAAUCCUUCUGCGAAAACCAAGACGAAUUUAAUUGGAAUUCUGGCAUUGUAAAAGCUAGCAUAGGUGAUUUUAGAGAGGCAGAAGAAAAUCUCCUCUUCAUUCAGAACACUAAAUACCUAGAAAACUAUUACUAUGUGGCAUGGUUGCUUUACUGUUUGAUUAUGAACGGAAAAGCUAAUAUAGCCUGGGAACACUUUUUGCGUCUAGAAGCAUCAGAUGAAACUUUCAGUUUUCUGCAACUGAUUGCAAAUGAAUGUUAUAAAACAUGCCAAUAUCUUUAUGCUGCUAAAGCAUUUGAUGCAAUUGAGGAAAUGGAUGAAUCAAUGGAUUGCUGGGAAGGAAAGCGAGGUGCAUGCCUUGGUGUUUUACAAAAGGUAAUAUCUGGAGAGGAACCUUGUGAGAGUAUAAAACAAGUCUUUGCUCUCCUGGAAAACACAAAUAACCCUGAGAUGAAUGGGCAAAUUGAGCGUGUGAAUCAGGUGGACUAUGCUGUAGCAUUGGUCAAAGUGGAAUUGGGAUUGCAUUUGAGUAAGGAUGUUCAAGACAAGCUUGAUUUAGAGGCGAUUGAUCUAGCUACAGAACUUAAUGAGAUUCUAGUGGUGUGCAAAUGGAAUUUGUAUGCAACUCAAGAUAGAGCAGAGAAGUUUGUUAAUGAGUAUCACCGGGAUUAUAAAGUGGGUGAUCUUGUCUUUGUACGAGUGAUUUUUCUAUCAAGUGAGCAGCAGAACACCUUGGUGCCUUUGUAG